AUGUUUCCAAUAAUAUCACCUUUCAAUGGUGAUCAUGGAUUGUUUAGUUCAAGCGAUAUUAAUAGUAGUAGUGGCAGUAGUAGUAUAGAUAGUAGUAGUAACGAUCCUUUUUCUCUAGGCGGAAGUUCAUGCGUUUUAACAGUGCAAGAUAGAAUUACAUUGGGAUAUGGCAGUAUAGUUAGUGCGAUACUAUCGAUUAUUGGCGCGCUCGGCACUGUAUUAAUGAUUUUCAUAAAGAACCGAUCGGCAAAACUACCGACCGACAGCUCGGUGCCGUCUUCACCCAACUCAUCGGGACACUACUACCCGAUUUCACCACGUGGAUCUCCACAUUCCUCUUUUAUAUGUUGGUUAUUACCACUAUCAUUUGGUUUUGGAUUGAUGGCGUCGGCCAGUAUUACACAUGCACACAAUAUGUCUUGGUGUACAAUGAACAGAUGGACGUUACUCGUUCUCUUUUAUAUACCAUUGGUACUUACGAUUAUAACCUGUAUCAUCCUAUCUUAUAAAGUUAAGAAACAUUUAGAUUCACUUUCUAGAUCUAUAACAAAAUUGAAUUCAAUACAAAAUAGAAUCGUUUUAAGAUUGAAUCUGUUUGUUGUUGGUUUCAUAGUUUGUUGGACAUUCAAUUUAAUAUCUUUUUUGGUCUAUCUCUUCGGACAUAGUUGUGAGAAUUUCUACUUGGAAUUUCUAUCCAAUUUCUUAUCUCCUCUACAAGGUUUUUGGAAUUUCAUAUCGUAUGCAGUUUCAAAUAGAAAAGCUUUAUUACAAUCUUCACUUGGCAACUCACUCACCUCGAUAUUAACUACUCAGAAGAGUAGAUAUAGUUGUUUAUCAAGAUCAUCUUCAUCUUCUUCGGUUCCUAUCAUCACCACCGAAUAA